AUGCAGGAUGUUGAGAUCCUGGGCUGGUGUGGUUACAUGCGUACGCCCCCUAAAGUCAAUGUGUAUACUGAGUUUCCUGAAGAACAAGGAAAAGUAAACGUCCUUUACUGCUAUGCGACUGGGUUUUACCCUGGUGACAUUGAAAUAAACUUUUAUCUAAAUGGCCAAAAGUCCACUGUGAAAGCAGAGACCUCUGACUUAAUGUAUGGGGAAGACUGGACCUUCAGAGUGUACAAGUAUAUGAAUAUGACCCCACAGUAUGGAGACAAGUACACAUGUGAAGUGAGACACAGUAGUAUGGUUGAACCUAAAAUGACAGAGUGGAGUCCUGAGUUUUCAGUAUCCACAUCACAUCUCUACUGGGCUUAUUCACUACCUCCCAGCAUCCUGCUGGGCAUCAUGGUCUCUGUUCUGAUUGUAAGAAGAAAAGGCCGCUCUCAGUUAUAAAGGUGCUUUCAAAGACUAAACUGCAGUGUAUAUGUGCAUCUGUGAAUUUUGUGCUCCUGGGAUCCUGGCAUAGACGCUUGACUUCUUUAGAUUACAUUAUAUUUUAAUGAAUUUCUCUACAUGCCACAGUUUUAAGUCUGAAUGUCCUAUUCAGAGGUUUGAUCAAAAACACUCACUCCUUGUUCUUUAAUAAUGAAUUUGAAAUAAUUUUCUAAAUGUUUGUUGUAAAUAAACAUCUCAGAAAAAUCUUAUGGGGAUUCAAAUCAGAAUAUGAGUUUUUGUUUUGAAACAAGGCAUAAUUUUAAUGCAUGUCUUCUGGAGAGGACACCAGGACAAACAGCUGUUAAUAAGUCAAUAACAAGACAAUAGGGGCAAAAAAUCAUAAAUCAAUAUUCCUAUGAAAUGUGAGAUACUCUUAUGAAAAUGUUGCAAAGUUAUAACUCUCAUAAUAACACUUCUCAUGGUUUACCCCAAGAACACAUUAAUAUGCAAAUUAGAUGCAGUGUAGCUGUAUGUAUAUACAUUGAAUAAAAUGGGAAUAUUUAUUUAUGGACA